UGUAAAAUUGCAACCCUUGAGAUGGAAGUGUGCGUGCACCCCUAUGCUUCAACCACUUGGUACAUCCAAAAUGGCGUCUCGCGUAAUUCAGCAGGUGACGCCCCACCUGAGGAUGAUCAAGUUUAGGUAUGGAGCAAACCAGCAGGUACAAGCCUCGGGAAGUGCACCGCAGGCCACACCAGCAGCUGAUACAGCAUCGUCCAAGCCACACGCAGUCGUAACAGAGUACCUGGAACAAGUCCCUGCCAGAUAUAGGAGAAAACCCAUUGAUGCUGAGGAGAUGGAAUAUAUUCAGAGAGGAGGUCCUGAAUAACUGCCCACCUUGCUGCUUUGCUGCUACAGAAGAUAUAACACUAUAUGUUUUGAAGUUAAAAUGGCAUUGACACAAUGUUACCAAUGUUUCAGAUACAAACAAGUGCAGUGUAGACAAAGUUCUGCUUUUGCCUCUUGGCUAGAGUUGAGGUGGCUAGCUUGUUAAUGCUAGAUUAAGUUAAGUUAUCAAACUGAUCUCAUUUGAUCAUCAAUGACUCUGAGGCUGUGGGAGGGGAAAAGAGGCCAGAUCUACCUCAGUUCCAGCCUGAUUCACAUUUGUGUACAUAACUUAUGUUGUUGACUAAGCCCAUAUUUGAAUAUUAGUUUAGUUUCCUUCAAUAAGAAAAUGAAGGAGUAUACAUGUAUUUAAUUUAAUAGUGAUAUGGGUCUUGUACAUUAAU